UCGCUCUGUGUUUAGUUUCACAUUUGACUGUUGUCACAUCCCCCCACAACACUACACUGGAUCGGUGCGACGACACAAUGGGGCUGUAAUGUCAGCGACGGGCGAGACUGGAGCAUCUUCUCAAGAGCAUUGAGACUGUGUAUGGAUUUAAUGAUGAUGAAAAAGAAGAAAUUCAAGUUCAAGGUGGAUUUUGAGCUGGACGAGCUGUCAUCUGUCCCCUUUGUCAACGGUGUCCUCUUCUGUAAAGUCAGACUGCUGGACGGCGGCUUCUCCGAGGAGUCUUCUCGGGAGCCGGUGCAGGCCAACUGUGUUCGAUGGAGGAAGAGGUUCUCUUUUCCUUGUAAGAUGAGUGCCAGUGCAGGGACAGGUGUACUGGACCCCUGUGUGUGUCGUGUAUCUGUCAGAAAGGAGCUUAAAGGUGGAAAGGCUUAUGCAAAGCUCGGUUUUGCAGAUCUGAAUUUAGCAGAGUUUGCUGGCUCAGGGAACACAACCCGCAGAUGUCUGCUGGAAGGCUACGAUACCAAAAACACCCGUCAGGACAACUCCAUUCUCAAGGUUAUCAUCAGUACGCAGCUCAUGUCAGGGGACCCCUGCUUUAAAACGCCUCCCUCCACAGCCACAGUGAUAGGGAUCCAGGGGGAUGGAGAGAGCCUGCUGGAGGAGAGGAGGGGAGGGGACUCACAGAAAGCCUCUUCUGCCGAGAGUCGAGAAGGGAAGUGUCCUGUUGUUUCAGAUGAGCUUGCGGGCUGCGGCCACUCACGGACUUCCAGCUACGCCAGCCAACAGUCCAAACUCUCAGGCUACAGCACAGGUCACUCCCGCUCCUCCAGUAUGUCAGAGUUCAGCCACCGUAGAAACCAUUCGGUGGGGAGCGCCUCAACAGGAAUCGGCAGCAUCCCAGAACCCAGCGAGGACCGAGACAGAGAGUCCAGACCCUGUCCCGCUCUGCCUGAACAUCCAGCCCCCGCCGCCACCUCUAGCAACCCUACGGGCACACCUGUCCGGAGCGCUUCGUCCUGUGAAAGACUCAACAGACACCCAGUGAAGCAGGACUCUAUGGAGUCUCAGCUAAAGAGAAUGGACGACACGCGGGUGGAUGCCGACGACGUGGUAGAAAAGAUUCUCCAGAGUCAAGACUUCACACCGAGCCUACUGGACUCCAGUGCGGAAGAGGAAGGCUUGCGUCUGUUCGUAGGCCCUGGAGGAAGUACAGCCCUUGGAAGCCAUCACCUUCCCACCAGGGUCGGUGCUGGAGCGUACGAGCAGGUGGUGAUGAAGCGUUAAACCUGUAGCCUCUCAGAGACAGACUGACACUGACACUUACAUCCAAAAAACUGGAAGUGAGGCUGUGUCCCCUUUCAAUCUUAAUUCCUGCAGCACACACGUUACCUGAUCAGCACUAUCUCUUAACCUGAUCACCCAGUGAAUGGUAAACAGUGCCCUCCUGUGUUCAUAUCUGCUACAUAACACUGUAGCUUCCUGAUAGAUUUCUGAGAGUUAGAGGUGGACGGUUAUCAUCUCAGUGUAAACACAUACAGCUGUGAAUCAUGGGAAAUGAAACCCAUUGACCAGAGUGUUCAAAGUAUUUAACAUGCAUGUGAGGAGAUUUUUUUAAUUCUGGCUCCCUGUGUGGAAACUUUCCACUCAUGUUCUGAGUGUUUCCGGGUUGUCGUGCAGCAACCAAACUCUUUAAAAAACCAUUAUGAACUGGAAGGAAACCAUUAACCUUUCCUCUUUAAUGGAGGACUUAAGGACGGGCUCUGUGUGCGCAUCAUCAGAGCAAACCGAACUCUACACUGAAGAAGAAUAUGCCAUAUGUUUUCAGUACAUUCCUUUUGUCUCUCAGUGAUUACGUGUUUGUCGUGGACUUCCUUUUAAAAUAGGACGUUCUAUUUAAUAUCCGCCUAUAAGCUGCUAAAAAGCCGUAGUUGUAAGCACUCUGAAAAUAACAUUGGUGUUUUGAAAGUGAGAAUAUUUUACUACAAAGACGAGGCGUCAGACUCGAGAUAUUAGAUGUGUGAACGUGGACUGUGUGUGAGUGUGUAUGUGUCUGCUAUGUGGUAAGACCACUUUUGUUAGUAGUAACAGUAAAGCUGUUAUGGAGGAGGGAUUUGACAUGAUCUCCUGUAAGGAAUGCUAUGUUGGUACUUGGAUUGAGAAAAUGGAAAAACAUGAAAAUUUACUGCUUACUUUUUAUAAUAGAGGACCCUGUUCUUAUUCAUCUGGCACGCUGCUGAGGAUUGUUUAGAAGAUCUUGCAGUACUAAUCUGCCCUUCAAAGGCAAAAUGCAGUGACAACAUAUUUGGUGAAAACUGACUUAAGAUGGAUUUUUAAAUGCUACAUAUUGGAGCUAAAAAACCAAACAGCAGUAGCUGCACUCUGGUUUCAUAUUGCUCCCAAUGUUGCAGUAAUUACCUUUUAGUUUGGUAAUCUCUGGGCUCUUGUUGCAUUUACUGCACUCUGGCUUUUAUCUUUAAAUGACAAAUAUCCAUUUUGAUGAUCCAACAUCUUGGUAAUUCAGUUUCUUAUUCUGCAUGACUAAAGUCUUAACACGGAGAGGAAAAAAACUCAGCUAACUUCUGCCGGCUUUGCUUUUCACUCCCUCCAGUGAAAUUCAUGCAGUUUGUUGUGGUUAAGCUACUUUUAAAAUCACAUAUUUAAAUGCAUUCAAUUGUAAAUUAAUUUUACUUUUAGUAUAAUGUAAAAUAAAUGUUAAUAAUAGAUAGACAUUAGCAAAACAGGUUUAAUUCCAAAAAGCCAUAGACUAUAUAUAAUCAAAAUAAAAGUGUAUUUUCUUAAACUAGUUUAAAAGGACAAGAAAGCUGAAAGAACACAUUUUGUUUAUAGAUAUUGUAUUUUCCCCUCACAUUCCCUCGAGAUCCAAAAAAAACAAAACAGUGCAGUAUCUGCAUUGUUUUUGGCGGUAUGUAGAUUCUAUGGGAUUCAUUUUUGGGAGUAAUCAACCUAAAAAAGGUUCAAAAUGAAGGCAUUACUUUCUAUGUUACAGUUUGGCAGCUAGUCUGAACACUAAACCCCUUUUUUCUUGACUUAGCUGCUUCUGUAGUUACUGCUCUCUGCCUCUGUUGGGCAAUACAUGCCAAAUAUAAUAGGGGCUUCUAUGAUAAAUGUGCUUAUAAAGGGCAUAUAUCUAAUUUCCAGUGUUUCAGAUGCAUAUCUAUUAUAUAGCUACGCUUUGCAACUCAAAUACAUCUAUCUGAGCUGGGAGGCUUGCAGUACAUCUGUGAACGAAUCAAAGAUCCUGUGACAGACAACAGUUCGGUUCAUGUGCAACUAAUGCAUACUGUAGUUUGUUUCACUUCAGGAUUGUACAGUGAAGGACUAGUUCAGUAAUCCACUGCCAUGAAGAAAAUACUCAAUAGCACCUGUAUUUGAAAAGACCCAGAGUAAUACAGUAGUUUUGUGUGUGUAUGUUUAUCUCCUAGCGUCAUAUCAACUGUUAGAAUUAACAACAGGCUUUUAAUCACAAAUUCAAUUGAUACAUGAACACUUAUCGCUGCAAACAGAGAUUUAAUCUUAACAGUGUACAUCUGCUGAGAGUUUAGAAAUCCAGAUAGCGUCAUGCAUGUUGACUAUUUGCAUCUCUAGGCUAAUAGGAGAUUUAAGUGCGCAAUUAAUUAGACUGACAGCAAAUUAGCCAAAGUACACAACACACUGUUUUUACCUGGGACUCUGUCAGGCCUAUGCAUAAUGAGAAUAUUAGGAACAUCAUAACUAGUGUUUGUAAUCUGUCUCCUGUCAUAAGCCAUAGUAGAUGCAGGAUACUUACCUCUUCUAAAUAACCUAUAUACAUGUCAUCUCUGCACAAGCGUCAUCAGUCUAUGGUGUUUUAACUAUACGUCAGUGUUCUUCGUCUUUCUGUUCGUACGUUCUGCAUGACUAAGAUGUCCUUUUGCUAGCGAAAUAGCUCUCACUUAAUAUCGCCAUCAUAUUUGCAGAAUUUCACAUAUUUGUUAAUGUCCUUGAGAUUUUUGAUUUGAUAUUGUGCCAUCUUUUAAUCUGAACAUUUCCACAUUGAAAGGAACUAUUUUGUUUACCUAUCUAGCAUGUAGGAAAUCUGUUUGUUCUCAUUACUUCAUGUUAAAUGCAGAUGUCUGCACAAAACGUUGGUGUAUGAUGUGACUGUAAAUCAGUGUUCUCCGUUCGUGUUUUUAUGUUCAGCAUGAUUUAGAUGUCCUGUUAAAAAAUCACAUUUACAGGACAUCAUCGUCUUUGUGUUUGAUACUUUCAUUACUGAUACUGUGCCAUCUUUUUGCUAAAUAUUUUAGUAUUUAGGAAAAAGUGUUCUCACUACAUAAGACAGUGUUUAGUGUAUGAUUUAUGGCUACCGGAUAAACUAUUGGAGUUUUUUUUGUUGUUGUUGUUGUCUUUUUGGAUAAAAAUCACUUGUUUUACCUGUGUGACACAGGUAAGUUCAUCUUGGUACCUAACAUGUUGUUACAAACAUGGUUGCUUCUUCUCUUCUGUGAAGCUGUUAUCUAUAUAACUGUAAAAUGUAUUCUCCUGUAAAGUGAUGUUCUGCGCUGUUCUGACACUGUCCAGUGUUUUCUGUUACAGACUUGUCCUUUCAACCAACAUUUGCUUCCUGAACAAGUGUACUGGAUGCUUAAAAUGUGUACGUUGCACUGUUAAAUAAAACAGUUGAAAGCC